AUGCAUUUAAAGAUAAAACUUGUUAACAGUGAUGUAUGGGACGGUGAUCCCGGUGUUGACCUGGCGGACAUAACGCUCGAGCUGGGCGACACCGACUACGGUCGGCGGCAGGUGGACCAGCGGUUCGAACAGGCGCCGGCACAGCUGACCCGGCGCUUCCUGCGCGCCCUGCCGGCCGUCGAGCGGUCGCCCGAUCGAUCACGCUUCGAUCCGCAGCACACCGAUGACGAUCGGGUGCUGUCCCCGUUGUCGUCGAGACCGUUCCCAGCGCCGAGUGCGCACGUCCACACGUUCCCACGGAUGGCACCGUCGCGCCUGCAUCCGUUCGAGGACGACGACGAUUCCAACCGGACGCCGAAGCACCGCUUCUUCCGGAACUACAGCUUCGACUUUCUCAAGCAGAAGCAGCUGAAGACGAAGAUUGCGUCGGCGGUGGAGAAGAAGCACAUCUUCUCGAUCGUCGGCCACUAUCCGGCGCUGCGGAAGGCGCUCAAGACGCGCCACUGGCUGGAAAAGCAGACGUUCCGGAGUUCGCUCCUGCGGGACCUCUCGCACCAUGCGCUCCUGCAGAAGGCCUCCAAUGGGAACGAGUACGAGGAGGCGCUGGUGUCGAAGUUCCUCAAGCCGUACCUGCCGUAUUUCAUCUGGCAGCAUCGGAACAUGCGCGACUCGAAGCAGGACCGCUUCUACGCCCCGUUCCGUAGCCGCAUACACUACGAGCGGCCGUACGAUUUCGCGGUGAAGGAGAACCUGAUCCGCCUGAUCAACGCGGCCCACUGGCACCAGGAGGAGGGCUUCGCCGAGCUGGACUACCCGCGCACCUACCUGCUUGACACGGAGGACAUCAUCACCAAGUUCCAGGAGGACUACCAGCUGACGAUCGUCAGCAGCUUCCUGUACCACAUGUCCAAGAACCUGGAGCACGCGUUUGAUGAGGAAGGCACGCUGCCCACGGACGUGCUGAUGACGGCGAUGAAGUACCUCCGGUACUACAUGGGCUGCGUGCAGCACGAGGACAUCGACCAUGAGGAGUUCUGCGAGCCGCUGCUGACACCGGAGAACCGCCACGAGAUGGAGCGGAUACUGGCGGGCGAGCUGCUGUUCGCCAGCAUUCCCGGCUACGAGGUGCUGUCGCUCGUGGCGCAAGUGAAGAAGCUGGUGCACGAGGCGGCCAAAGUGUUUCCGGACAUGAAGAUCGACGGCACGCGGAACAUGUGGAUACUGAAGCCGGGCAAUCGGUGCCGCGGGCUCGGUAUCAUGCUCUUCAACGACGACCGGAAGCUGCUGGAGCACGUGGACAGUAAUCCGGACAUAAAGUACGUUGCCCAAAAGUACAUCGAGCGACCGCUGCUGAUACACAGCACCAAGUUCGACAUCCGCCAGUACUUUCUCAUCACCUACACGAACAAUCUGCUCAAGGUGUGGAUGUACAAGAGCUGCUACCUGCGCUUCAGCUCGCGCCAGUUCGAUCUGGACGAUUUCUGCGAGUCGAUCCACCUGACCAACUACUCGAUCCAGAAGAACUACGCCAAGGAGGUGCGCGACGGUGCGGAGGCACUGCCCGGUUGCAACAUGUGGUCGCUGCGGCGCUUCCAGGAGCACCUGCAGUCGCUCGACAAGGGCUUCUACUGGGAGCGCAAAAUCUACCCGGACAUGAAGAAGAACAUCCUGGCGAUCGUGUGCGCCAGCCUGGACGGCAUGAAGCUGGAGCGCAACAUGUUCGAGCUGUACGGUGCCGACUUCAUGGUGACGGAGAACUUCCGCACGCUGCUGAUCGAGAUCAACACCAGCCCGGACCUGUCGUCGUCCACCGAGGUGACGGCGGUCAUUUGUCCUGCGGUGCUGGAGGAUCUGGUUAAAGUCGUAAUCGAUAACACAAAGGACAAACGGGCCGGUACGGGACAGUUUGAGUUGAUCCACUCGCUGGAAAUUCCGCGUGUUGCUCCCUACGGAUACGGUCUCACCGUGGACGGACGUUCGAUGCAAUCGAAACACCGCUCCCGAAGCCCUCUGCCACCGAUAGGCACCUCCACUGGGGGACCUUCCACCGCACCAUCGACCGGUACCUCGACGCCACGGAUCUGCACGACCAGCGCCGGAACGAUGGCCGCCCCCGCUUCGACGACCUCCAUCACAACUGGAACGGGCAUUCCUGGCAGCACCAAAUUCUUCCGUAACACCACGAACACCAGCAGUUCCGGCUCCAGUAGAGGCAGCAAGACGUCGCUCACGAGCGUUAUCCUGGAUCGACCUCGGUCGACGGUGAAGUAG